GACGCGGAUUCUGCCAAAUAAAAAAGUCCAAACACCCCCCAUUCUCUCUCCGUCUCUCUAACCUUUGAAGAUUCAACCACAACAACAGCAGCUGCAACAACAACAAAGCCAACAACAUUAACAAACAACAACUGUUGAGACUGUUUCAUAGUCUUUCUGUGCGCACCAUUUCUCGGCUUUACAGAGCUACAUACCAAGAUUUCUGUUUUCUGGAUCUCUUCUAUAUUGGGUAUCGUACGCCGAUCGAGCAAAAAAAAAAAAAACGAAGAGUUGGGUGUAUGGCGACCGCGGCAAUAUUUUCGUCGUUGCGGAGGCGGAGAUCGCCGUCGUUGGAGGCGUUCUUGGCGCCGGUGGACCUAAGCGAGGUCGCUUUGGUGCAAACCCUAGCGACCGUCUCGGCAGAGCUGGUAGCCGAUUUCUCGCCCAAGGUUUUCUUCUUCCAGCGCAAGAACUCCCGCUCUCUCAUCCGAAAAAUCGAGGUCUUCCUCGUCCUCCUAGACUAUCUCAAGGACUCGGGCUCUUCCGGCCCGGGCUUGCCUUCCACGGCGGUGCUCUGCUUCAAGGAGGUCUAUCUGUUGCUGUACCGGUCCAAGAUACUCCUCGAUUACUGCGCGCAAUCGAGUAAGUUGUGGCUUUUGCUUCAAAACCAUUCGAUUUCGGGCCAUUUUCAUGAUCUGAACCAGGAAAUCUCCACCCUUUUGGAUGUUUUUCCUUUGAACGACGUUAUUUUGAGUGAGGACAUUAGGGAGCAGGUUGAGCUUCUGCGGAAACAAGCUAGGCGAUCCAGGUUGUUCAUUGAUAAGGACGAUGAGUCGCUUAGGUUUCGUUUUUUUGGUUUUCUUGAUGAGUUUGAGAGUGGGAAGGCUCCGAAUUCGGAAGAAUUGAGGUUGUUCUUUGUGGAGAGGUUGGGGAUUAGGGAUGCAAAGAGUUGUAGGGUUGAAAUUGAGUUUUUGGAGGAGCAGAUUGUGAAUCAUGAGGGGGAUGUGGAGCCUACGGUAUCGGUGCUUAACGGGUUCGUUGCGAUCACUCGGUAUAGUAGGUUUUUGCUAUUUGGGUUUGAGCAGGAGAAUGAUCAGGUGGGAUUGGAAAUUGGUGGGAGCGUGAAGAGGCAGAGGAAGGGGUUGAUCACGCAGGAGAUUGCGGAUACUUUUGUGACGGUCCCCAAGGACUUUUCUUGCCCAAUAUCGUUGGAUGUGAUGCGGGAUCCUGUGAUAAUAUCCACAGGGCAGACAUAUGAUCGGAGUUCCAUAGCAAGGUGGAUGGAAGAAGGCCAUUGUAGUUGCCCGAAGACAGGACAAAUGCUUGUACAUAACCGGCUUGUGCCUAAUCGGGCUCUGAGGAAUCUGAUCAUGCAGUGGUGCACUGCUCACGGGGUUCCCUAUGACCCGCCGGAGGGCACAGAUGGCUCAGUGGAAAGCUUUUCUGCUGUAGCUGCUCCCACCCGGGCUGCAGUCGAAGCCACUAGAGCCACAGCAACACUUCUCAUUCAACAGUUGGCUAAUGGGUCGCAGCGUGGAAAGACUCUUGCUGCUCGUGAGAUACGUUUGUUGGCGAAAACGGGAAAGGAAAAUCGUGCUUUCAUUGCGGAAGCUGGGGCUAUUCCCCAUCUUCGGAAGCUACUUUCAUCUAUGAACCCUGUGGCGCAGGAGAAUUCAGUGACCGCAAUGCUUAAUCUAUCAAUAUAUGAUAAGAACAAAAGCCGAAUAAUGGAUGAGGAAGGGUGUCUGGGAUUGAUUGUUGAAGUAUUGAGAUUUGGGCAUACGACUGAGGCAAGGGAAAAUGCUGCAGCAACAUUGUUCAGCCUCUCUGCAGUUCAUGACUAUAAAAAGAGAAUAGCAGAUGAGGAAGGGGCAGUUGAAGCCCUGGCAGGGCUGUUGAGAGAGGGGACUCUAAGAGGAAAGAAGGAUGCCGUAACGGCUUUAUUUAAUCUAUCGACCCACGCAGAAAAUUGUGUGAGAAUGAUAGAGGCAGGGGCUGUAGCAGCCCUAAUAGGGGCUUUGGGAAAUGAAGGGGUUGCUGAGGAAGCAGCCGGUGCAUUGGCCUUGAUUGUUCGGCAGCCGGUUGGGGCAGAAGCUGUGGGGAAGGAGGAAAUGGCGGUGGCGGGAUUGACAGCAAUGAUGCGCUGUGGAACACCUAGGGGAAAAGAAAAUGCAGUGGCAGCAUUGCUUGAGUUAUGCCGUAGUGGUGGAGCAGCAACCACUGAGAGGGUGGUUAAGGCCCCAAUGUUGGCUGGGCUGCUUCAGACUCUGCUAUUUACAGGUACAAAGCGGGCAAGAAGAAAAGCAGCUUCACUUGCUAGAGUGUUUCAGAGAUUGGAGAAUGCAUCCUUGCAUUUUGGUGAAUUGGCUGUAGGAUAUGCAUUGUCAAGCAACUCAGCUGCAAACAGGGAUUCAAGUUUCGCCGCCGGUGAUGUUUCGGUGCCAAUGUCCAUUUCAGUACCUGUUUUGUAGUGGUAACAUCCACUUCAUGUCGUUGUCAUCCCUGCUUAUAUGUGUUCCAUUUUUGUUGGAAGUAUUUACAAAUUCUUUCAUUGAAAUUUACAUGAUAAAAAAGUUUAUAGGAAUACCAUAUCUGAUAUGUUAUUAAAGAAUGAUAAGUGGUGUUGAGCA